AUGCAUCGCCAGCGGAUCACUCUUUUCUCGGCUGCAGACGCCAACGCUAUGGCGCUACGAGAACGUUCCAGUGUGAUGUUGGGCUCCAGUCGCGGUCCCAAUCGCUACGACAACCGCGCGCAGUCGUACAGUCUCCGCCCGAGUACUACCGUCUAUGGCCACGAAGGUGAAGACUUUUUUGAUGGAUCAGUUAGUUGUUCGUCUGUCACAGAACGUAGCGGCACCGGCAGUGGGGCCCCGAACCGCACACGUCUUAGUGUGUCACCAGACCUCACCUGUGCCUUUGAGGACAUCUUUGAGACCGACUGGGAAGGUUACAUCUGGAAACAGGGACAUGUUGUACGCUCGUGGCGAUACCGCUACGCUGUGCUCUCGGGGACGACCUUUAGUUAUUAUGUGAGCAAGGACAUGGCCAAGACAGACACGGAAAAGUUUCGUGGCCGUGUAACGGUCACGGGGGCCUCACGUGAUCCCAAUCGCUCCAAUGGUGUGCUCAUUACCACUACGAUUAACAAAAUCUUUGCCAUGUACACGCGCUCUAGCAUUGAGUGCGAGAUUUGGGUCAAAAUGUUGCAACAGACUGUGCAAAACGCUAGCGGACAGAAGCCCGGACAGAGCUUUAGUGGCGCGUCUAAUGGACGUGACUCUGAUCCUCAAAGUGGACGUGUGUCUCAGUGGAACCCUGGGGCUAGUACCACACUCCCCUUUUCAGCGGGGAACUCGUUGUCUCAGACUGUACGAUCGUCAGGGGACUGGAAAGCUCGCAACUUGGCGACUAUUAAGCAGUUCUACUCCAUGUGGACGACUCAGUUCUUGGAACAGACGGGCGUCGACGAUUCGGCGGCAAACCUCAUUUCGCUCUUCCCGAUCUGCUCACCCGACAUGAUCGUAUCGGUCAGUUACCCGUGUGAGUUCUUGCCCUCAACAAAGUUCUACGGACGAGAAGGUCUUGUCGGCGUUGUGCUGGGCUUUUCGCGUUUCGUGCUGUUCAAGAGAUUUGCCGUGUCCCGAUACAUGACCACGAAGCAGCCAAAUGUGCUACAAGUGCUGGCUGCUGGUACGAUUUGGAACAAGUCGCUUAAGCGCGAGUUCACGUUUACCACGCGUGACGAGAUCCAGCUGAGCCCUGGUGGCCGUGUACUGGGUCUUCAGAUGCAGAUUGAAGUCGACAUUGCUGCUUUUCAAAUGACGGACGCGGAACGGAAAGCUGCUAAGGCGGAACGUGCGUUCCAGGCCUCAACAUCGAAGCGUGUUUUGUCCUUGUCAAUCCAGCAUUUUCACGUGAAUCGUGUUUUGGGCAAGGGAACAUUUGGCACGGUGGUACUAGCUGAGCGCAAAAACACGGGCGAGAUUUUUGCAGUGAAAAUUUUGGAAAAGAGUUCAAUGUCGAAUUACGAUAAGGUGCGUACGAAGACGGAGAUGCGAAUACUGCGUGACGUGCAUCACCCGUUCAUUGCGCCACUACGCUUUUCAUUUCAAAGCCAGUCUCGAGUUUUCUUGGGCAUGGACUACUACCCUGGUGGCAGCUUAUAUACGCACAUGAACCGCUUCUCGAAUAACAAAGAGCACCGUGUGAAGAUUCUGCUUGACCUGGACCGUGUCAAAUUUUACGCCGCUCAGAUUGUGCUAGCCCUGUCGCACUUACACGCGUGCGACAUUGUGUACCGUGACCUCAAGCCUGACAACAUAAUGCUUGACGCUGAUGGCAAUGUUGCGCUGGUUGACUUUGGCCUUUCAAAAACGAAUGUAAACCAAAUGUCGGGUGCUCGUACAAUGGCGGGCUCACCGGCAUAUACGGCCCCUGAGCUGCUGAAGCCGAAGCGUUCGCGUGACUAUGGCAAGGCUGUUGAUUGGUGGUGCCUGGGAAUCUUGCUGUACGAGAUGUUGCUUGCAAAGCGACCGUUCCAUCACCUAAACGUGUCAGUGCUGUACAAGCUUAUCGAGAAGGAGCCUGUGAAAUUUCCGUCCAAGUGUGGCAUUAAUCCGGAGGCUCGUAGCCUCAUUCUGGGCUUGCUGGAGAAGGACCCGAACAAGCGUCUCGGUGCACAUCAGACCAGCGACAUUCUGACGCAUCCGUUCUUCAAGGAUGUUCGAUGGAGCAUGGUCCUACGUAAGAAGAUCACUCCGCCUUGGGUUCCAGCACCCAUGUCAAAGGCGGAGGAACGAAUGAAGAGCCCCGACAUAAACUUUGACAAGUACCUUGCCUCGAAGACGGCGUCCACGGGCAAUAUCUUCAGCAUCAUUUUUCCAUGGAAAACCCCUCGCAAUCGCAGCCGUCGAGCUAGAUCGGAAAUGGAUCAUGACUCAUUCGGCAAGUUUAGUUACGUGAGUGACACGACCAACUCGUUCCUCGUGGACGAAGAUGAGAUGCUUGACGCUGCUUUUACAGGCCGUCGUAGCGUCCAAUUGCAUACUUUGGCAGGCGAAGCUUGA